GACGGAGCCUGAGUCGCGCAACACUACUCUUCAUUGCGCGAUAAAAAACAAGCUACACAGAAGCGCCCUCCUUCUUCUCAUCAUUGCGUUAUCCUCAAAGGUCCCCACCGUGAGAUCCCAAGCACUGCCCCAAGAUGUGGCCAAGUGCUCGUGACUAGCGCAAGGCAGGCACAGGGAUGGGGUAGCUCACCCCGCUCCGCAUCCGUCUCGUUUCGUAGGGCAUAUAAACCUCUCUGCGACUCCAACCAAACAAUGGUCGCAUCACAUAUCCACGACUCUCACACCAUCGCUGGGUCUACUGCUUCUUCUUCACGACCCAUCCUAUACGAUAAUACGAGUAUUGAACAUAAAAAUACAUCAGCAACUAUGAGUGACAUCAACGGCAAGGCACCACUCAAUGGCGCGGGCGCGAGUCGCCUGAACGAACCGAUUAUCAAAGUCCAACCACCACGACGAGAGGACUUGCAGCCGAGCUAUGCGAGGAUUAUCCAGCCCGACGACGCCGAUGCUGAUACCAACGGCUGGUAUGGAUCCAUGAUCAACACACUUGGAAGCUGCAUUGGUACUGCUGGUGCGAUUCCAUGCUGCAUCGUCUGCCCGAACCCAUAUAAGCCCGUAAACCAAGGAAACGUGGGGUUGGUCACCAAGUUCGGUCGCUUCGCCCGCGCCGUCGACCCAGGUCUCGUUUACGUCAACCCGCUCUCCGAGCAUCUCGUCCAAGUCGACAUCAAGAUCCAGAUUGUCGAAGUGCCCAAGCAGAUCUGCAUGACCAAGGACAAUGUCUCUCUCCAGCUUACCUCGGUCAUCUACUACCGCAUCACAUCGCCACACAAGGCCGCAUUUAGUAUCAGCAAUAUUCGCCAGGCCCUAGUGGAGCGAACGCAAACCACGCUCCGCCAUGUUGUCGGUGCCCGCGUGCUCCAAGACGUAAUCGAGCGCCGCGAGGAAAUCGCCCAAUCUAUCCGCGAAAUCAUCGAAGAGACGGCCUUGGGCUGGGGUGUUGAAGUCGAGUCUAUGCUAGUCAAAGACAUCAUCUUCAGCCAAGACCUUCAAGACUCGCUUUCCAUGGCUGCGCAGGCCAAGCGAACGGGAGAAGCCAAGGUCAUUGCCGCACGUGCUGAGGUUGAGUCGGCCAAACUUAUGAGGGUAGCAGCGGAUAUAUUAAGCUCAGCUCCCGCCAUGCAGAUCCGAUAUCUCGAAGCUAUGCAAGCUAUGGCUAAAUCUGCAAACUCGAAGGUCAUUUUCUUACCGGCGCAGAACCAGACUGUGCAGAGUGCACUUGCACAGGCCGAUGCAUAUGGGGAGGGCCCAAGUUCGCACGGUGCCAGCAAUAAUACCCUCGGUUUGCAGAGUGAUGCGGCAAACGAGUAUGGUGGAAACAACCAUGGCUUCCAGAGCGCCAUCAAUUCGAACGUCAUUGAGAACAUGUAAGUGCGAGGGAGGCACGACGGCUUAUCAUAUGUGAUGGGAAAAGGUCGGCGACUCCAAAUUGUUGUUUCAUGACCGUUCUUCUCUGUAUCUGUAUUUUUUUUUCUCUACUCCGCAGUUUCGACUUGUUUAUACGCACUCGCGCUCA